AUGGCUGAGAAGGAAGCAGAGGGGAUUAUAGCUACAGACCCCAGCGACAAUGAUGAUAGAAAAUGUGUUAUUAUACGGAAGCUUCUGAAGUUCAACCCUAAAGAAGUGUUUACAUGGUGAGUCUGUGGGGGGAGAAAACUCAUCUCUAAAGAGAGAGAGAUGUUAUAUCAGUGAUGAUCUGGAUCCCAUAUGGCACCCUAUCCUUUAUAUAGUGCACUACUUUUAACCAGCUCCCUAUGGGCUCUGAUCGAAAGUAGAGCACUAUAUAGGGAAUAUGGUGCCAUUUGGGACACAUAGUGACAUAGUGGAGAUGUCCAAAAAUGUGUCCACUGUCCAGUAGCCUAGUCUGAGUUGUGUAUGUCCCUGGCAGCUAGCAUACAGUAGCUUGGACUGAGUUGUGUUGAAACCCUAAUGAAGGAUAUAGGGCCGAAACAUGUUGGUUUUACCAAUAAAGACGCAGCUUUGUCAACGUCCACUGUCUUCCAAGAGUUGCUGAAUUUCCUCUUCACUUAUGCUUUGUCCUAACAGGCAGCUGGUGAAGACAGUAGCCAUGGGUCAGGGUUUGGCUGCUCUCAUCUGCGGCACAGCAGUAACAUCCCAGUACCUGGCUUCAGACUACCACGUGGAUGCGCCCAUGCUCCAGAGCUUUAUAAGCUACACACUGCUCUGCCUCACCUACACCACCGCUCUGCUGUUCAGAACAGGUACACACACACACACACACACACAAAUAUGCUGCUUUGAAGAACAGGCAGUCUCUCUCUCUCUCUCUCAAACACACACACACACACCCACACACCACCCCAGGGCGCUCCUCGUCAGAAUAGUACAGUUGUCAACUCUAUAAAAUGUUAUAAUUGUGUAGCAGUGCAAUAACCUCCAGGCUACCCCCCUCUCCUAACGUACUGUAGGGGAUGGCAAUAUGUUUCCGAUUUUGAAGAAGAGGUGGUGGAAGUAUCUCCUACUAGGCUUGGUGGACGUCGAGGCUAACUACACAGUGGUUAAAGCUUACCAGUACACUACACUCACCAGUAUACAGGUCAGAACUACGAGAGGGUGUGUGUGUGUAUGUCUGUCUGUAUGUAUGUUUUUGUGUGUGUGCGAGCUUGCGUGCAUGUGUGUAUGUGUGUGUGCUGAGUUAUGUCCAUGUAUGUGACGAUUCUGGUGUGUCUCACAGCUGCUGGACUGUAUUGUGAUCCCUGUGUUGAUGAUACUGUCCUGCUGGUUCCUGAAUACGUGCUACAGACCCAUCCACUACGUCUCUGUGUGUGUCUGUCUGCUGGGGGUGGGGGCCAUGGUGGGAGCUGAUCUACUGGCUGGACGAGACCUAGGAUCCAGUAAGAACCCACUCCAUUCAUUCAUUCAUUCAUUCAAUCUCUCAGUUCAUAUCAUAAUAAACAGUAACAUCUCUUUCCUCAUCCUCCUCUCCUCCCUCUCUCCUAGCCUCAGACGUUCUGCUAGGUGAUGGCUUGGUCCUGCUCAGUGCCAGUCUAUAUGCUGUGUCUAACGUUGUGUCAGGAGUACACCGUCAAACACCUCAGCAGAGUGGAGUUCCUAGGCAUGGUCGGCCUUUUCGGCACACUCAUCAGUGGCAUACAGCUGUAAGUGUGUGUGUUUACGUGUGUGCGUGCGCGUGUAUCUGCGUGUGGAUGUGUGUUGUGUGUGCAUGUUCAGGAGAAGGUAGUAGAACGGGAAUGUAGUUGAUUUGAGUGGUCUGCUGUGCUGCUACAGGGGUGUUCUGGAGCAUAACAACGUGGCAAACAUCCAAUGGGACUGGAGAAUCGGUUAGUACCACAUAAAACUAAAUAUAUAGAUAGCUGCCAAAAUCAAGGAAACGCUUGAGUAAAUUAGGGAUUCAAAGUAAAUUGAAAGCAGGUGCUUCCACACGUGUGGCUCCUAAGUUAAUUAAGCAAUUAACUUUCCAUCAUGCUUAGGGUCAUGUAUAAAAAUGCCCAGUUGCCCAUUGUUUUGGCUACCAUGACUAGAAGAAGAGAUUUCAGUGACUUUGAGAGAGGGUUCUCAAAGGUGCAUAGGAGGUUUAAAGGGUGUGGAUGUCUCUUAUGGGAGAUUCUGGAACGGCACCUAACACAGCGUUUUCCACCACCAUCACCAAAACACCAAAUGAUGGAAUUUCUCAUGGAAGAAUGGUGUCGCAUCCCUCCAAUAUAGGUCCAGACACUUGUAUAAUAUAUGCUAAGGUGCACUGAAGCUAUUGUGGCAGCUCAUGGUGGCCCAACGUCCUAUUAAGACACUUUAUGUUGGUGUUUCCUUUAUUUUGGCAGUUACCUGUAUAUUUGUUGAUAUCUUUGUAUGAUUUUUUUAUUGAACAGAUAGGACAGUGUGGAAGAAGGAAAGUAAGGAAAGGGUUUGUUACAAAGUAGCUGUGGGUCCGGGAUUCGGUAGUGUUAACCACUAGACCACCCCAGGCCACCGGUUAUUACCUCUCUCUUAGGGUUACAGAAGUGGUGGUGGCAAGGUUACAGAGAGUACAGAAUGGAUGCUGUGUCAGCUUGCAGAAGUACAGUUUCCACAUACAGCUGUUUGCUGCUCUAUAUCUUGUGUUUUAUGGGAGCUGCAACAGUUGAUCUUCCUUGUUAAUAAUACUUUCUGCCCUGUAUAAUGAUUGUAUGUGUUUUCUGUUCAGGCCUAUUGUUCUCUGACUACACCCAGUACAGCUGUAUGUAUGACUAGAGAGAGUAGAAGAGAUCAGUACUUUGUUGAUUCCAACUUGGGAAAUUGUUUGAUCACCACAAGCAUCAUCAACGAUUACAAAAGACAAGACAAGGAUCAAUAAUAUUCAGAUAUGAACACAUAAUAAAAUAUUAAAAAGACAGAUGCACCUUAGGAGCGAUAAGAAAAAAACAUUAGAAAUGCUGUUGUCUGUCAUACUCUGGGAAAACAAGCAACAACAAUGCAUAGUAUAGUAUGUUCAUUUUAUCAUGUAUAAUUCUCCUCUCCCCAGGCCUGCUGUUUUCUGGCUAUGCCCUGUGUAUGUACACCCUCUACAGCUGUAUGCCCAUAGUGGUCAAGAAGACCAGUGCUACAGCAGUCAACCUCUCCCUGCUCACUGCAGACCUCCUCAGCCUCUUCUGUGGCCUGUUUCUCUUUCAAUACACGGUUAGUACACACACACACACACACACACACACACACACACACACACACACUGGGGAUAGUAGGUACAGUAGGUUGAGCCAUUUGACAGCUCAGUUACUGAUUGUGUUUCUGAAUAGAUAAAGACAUGAGUUAAUCAAUGAUUUGAUGACUCCAAUGAUGGAUGAUAUAUUAAUUGAUUGCUGCUAUACUAUGUCUGUAAUCUCUGUCAAACUAGUAUAAUCUAAUCUCUGUGAGAUCAAGGAGACAGUAGUGAUAAGAUCAGUCCCCAGAAACAGAGAUAGGAGGAUCCAUCCCACUAGAGCUGUCCUGAUCACAGGACACAUCUGUCCUUAUCUUAAAACAUCUUAGUCCUGAAGAGAAAUCCCCUGGUCACCAUGACCCUGUUCAGUGUGUUGAUGAUUGUUUUUAAUGUGUAAUCUCCUAUGUCCUCAUAUAGCUCAUCUGGUGUGUGAGUGAGUGUGUGUGUGUGUGUGUGUGUGUGUGUGUGUGUGUGUGUGUGUGUGUGUGUGUGUGUGUGUGUGUGUGUGUGUGUGUGUGUGUAGUUCUCAGGUCUGUACAUGGUGUGUCUGGUGGUCAUCCUGGUGGGCUUCGUCUCCUUCAACGCUGUGGCAACGACCCCUGACCCUGCAGACCCCAUCGCCCUCUCCAUGGGCUGGGAGGAGGGCAGCUACGAGAACCCUGAUGACAUCAUCAAAGAAGAAGUGGUGGUGGCGGUCUUGGAAGAGAAGGAGGAUCAGGAAGAGGAAGAGGGUGAACGCCCAUGGGUGUCAUGGAAUCAGAGAACACAGAAUGAGGAGGUACCGGCAGGGGGACAGAGUACCAAGAUGUGAUCUGAUCUACUAGACGAGCACUUCCCAACAGUCUAUAGCUGUUAAUCUCCUUGUCUCCUUUCUUUAAUUUGUACCAUUCUAACAGAUCUACAGAUUCACAGGUGUAUAUAUGUACAGUAUAGGUGUUUGUAUUAGUUGUAAUAUUUGUCCACUAGUUGACUUGGCAGGAAGAAUAAUAAAUACAUGUUUU